AGGUCUAAAGCAACAAAACAAAUCGUUUGUUACGAUUUUUUACCAACUUGUAACUGUUUAAAUGUGUUCAAAAACCAAAAACCAAAAAACUGUGUUCUUUAAAAAAAAAAAAGUAGACAUGUCCUGAAGAAAUAGAUGCCGCCAUAGAAAGCCAGUGCAAAAUUAAAUUAACAUACUGUAUAGUCUGAUGGUGAACAAACACGGAUUUUUGUUGCAAGAAUCUAACUAAAAUGAUUAUCAAGUACAAAAUGGAAAACCAACAAAAUACUAAAUCGACAUUAUCGAGUAUUUCAAUUACAAAAUUCUAACGAAAAUUUAAAGGCAAUACAACAUAAAAUACCACACGUAACAAUUAUAUACUCAUAUAUUAAUUACAGGAGUUUAAUGUUCGAAAUAUAUUACUUUUUUAAUUCUAGGCUGAGAGUUCACGUGACAUUUUACACACACAACACAGAAAAUAUUCCCAACAAUGCGAAAUGGAAACCCAAAUUCAAGUGGCACAGUACAAUUGUAGUAGAGUAGGCGAUAUUUCCGUUUGGUUGGAUUUCUAAAUUGGUGUUUAUAAUUCUGUAUUAAAGUUAACAAAAUAUGUGUCUGUUUAAUGAGACUGCUACAUUUACACAAGUUUUAGUGUGAGUUAUGUUAGUUAUUAUUAUCAAUUUCAUAACACACAUCAUGGAACAAAUCCAGCAAGCGAAAAUUUAUCAUUAUAAAUAUAAUAGGUGUUGUGAAAAGGGAAUUCCACCGUACGUGAUUGCUUAUUGUGAAAAUGUGUCACCUAAAUCCUCCUUUCCUUAGUACGAAUGAUCGAACUCAAACCUCGAACCGAACCGCGUUGCGGUCCUAUGACUGGAGCGGGCGGGGAUCCUCUGCCGUCGCUGCAGUCGUCUGCGAUAUCUCCUGCGAUGACGGAGUCCGACCUUCCGCAGCCUUUGGUCGUUAGGACUCCUUCGGUCUCGAUGAUGAAGUGGCCUAGCACGCCGUCGCCCACCAAAACCACCCCCACGAGGCAGUUGCAGGUUAGUUUUAAUUAUGGGAAGGAUGGGGCGAGCGAGGUCGUCAGGACAUUAUCAGGACUCGAGAGGGACUGUUUCAUCAUUCCAGUUCACAGUUUAGAUAGGUUUCUUCCAGCUGGAGUACCAAUGCCAAAACCCCCCUCGAACGGUAAUUCUCUGGAAAGAAAAUCGCAAGGGAGUCUGCACGUAAUGGAGGUGCCUGAUCCCAAACUAUGUGUCUUAUGCCACCUCAUGAGCCCCCUGGAGCCCAUCGACCCCGUCCUAGAAUCUCCCUUAGUCCAACCCUUGUUCAAGCAGCGCGUAACUGCAGGCGAACUUUUAAACGAAAUCUCCCAAACGAAAACUGCAGUCACUGGGAUGCUGUUAGCUAAUAUGGAACGCAAUGCUGAAUUCCCAUUCAUAUCAUACUAUGUGAUAAACACCUCACAAACGAAUCCUGUGAUGUUUUACAAUAAUAUUCGCACUGCCAGUUUGACCAAGUUCGACCCUCGACAUCUACGGUAUACCGCGGCCCACACCCUCGAUCUAUAUACAGAAGUGGCAUCGAUCUGUCGGCCACCAGUGCACGAAAUCGGAGUAUCACUGACAAAAACCCACACCUCCACCACUGGUUACAUGGUGUCAGUGUACAAAGUGUUCGAUGGGGAUGAUCGCGAGAAGUUUGAACGAAAUUGGUUAUAUUGGACCGGAGCCAGGAUGAUUUACAGAUAUUUGCCUUCGGCGGCCGGACUAAGGAGAAUUUCAUUACAUAAGUCGCUGAGCCCGAAAGGAGACAAAAUGUACAUUUUGAUUUGUGAAUGCUGCAAUCUGUUGAGUGAUGUUACGGUUUGUGCACUAAUUCUGCCGGCUCUGAGGGCAAGAUUGACAGGGUAUACGGGAAUUUUUAGACCAAUACAAACGUUUUAAUAUUUUUAAAGUCGGUAGGGGCGAAGUUCAGACAUAUCUUUUAAAAUAAGGAAAAUGGGCUUUUGCAGAUUGAUACACAUAUCAAAAAACAAUAUCAAUUGCAGGACGAAGAGAAUGUGGUUCAUUUUUAAUGUAGGGGAAGUAGGAACAUCUUCGUUUAUUCUAUUAGUAUGGAGAAAAAACACUUUUAGUUUUAGAAAUUGUUGAGUAAUUUCAAGUUUCCUCUUGGUUACUGAUAUCAAAUAUCUAUUUUAGAUAAAUGUUUCUUUACACAAAUUUUAAAGAAAAAACUCAAUGAAGUACUCACUAAAAAUAGAUCAUGUUUUAUUUGUAGUGUUCACUUCACUUGUGUCUAAAGUCUAUAAAAAUUGUGAUUAAUGCAGAAAAUUAAAUUGUGUUUUGUCUGUAAUCGACGAACUCGGCAGCAUAUGUAACGAGUAACUAAAAAUUAUUUUUUAACAAAAGAAAAUAUUUUGUACAUAUUUUUUCCUGCUCAAACGUCUUACAUAAAUCUGUCUACUUAUAUAUAACAGUGAAAAAUAAUCUUAUCACAAUCUGUAAGAGCCCAAAGUACGUAAAGAAUCAAUUUCAAAAGAACUAGUAGAUAUAAAAUGAAUAUGCUUGAAAAACAAGAGAAGAGGAUACAUUUUUAUUGUUAACUAAUUAGACAGUUGUUGGAAGUACGUAAUAUUACUUUUGUAAUGCUUCUGACUACUGAUUAGGUGCAAGUUUAAGCUUCUUGCAAACGUGCCUAUUUAUUACAUUUAUUAAAAAAACAAUCAAAUAUUACUUGUUACGUAUACAUUAGGUAGUUACAAUCACCUCAGUUAUCCAAAAAAUCUUGUUAAUAUCUACGAAAAUUGGGUAAUAUUUGAGGUGCUUGAAAAUAAUAUCAGUUUUUAAUAAUUUAUGAAACGGAAAAACAAGUGAUAAAAAAACAAUAACAUAUAAACAACAGCGGCGUGAGAGAAGAACGAGUACAAAGUUUCUAUUCUGAGUAAUAAUAAAGAUCUUGUAUUUCUCUUUUAAAAAUGUCAACAAUUCAAAUCUAUGUAAUUUUAUGUCAUAUUUAUUGUAUUGUUUGUUCACAAUCACAGUGUGCCAUGACUGUCAACGCUGACACUUGCACAGCACACUGGGAUUCCAUGACUGUUAUUAAUUUUACCCACUCAUCCAGCUGUACCCAUUUAUCCAUACUUAGUACAAACUUCACACCAAGUGUAACACCAUCUAAUUGAUGCUUAAGGGUUUGUUAAAGCUUGUAAUCAUUUUACAAACUUUAUCAAAGGAAUCAGUCUUCCUUAGUUCAGCUUCAAAACCAGCAAUAUAAAGAGAAUAUUUUAUUUAAAUAUACGCAAUGCUCAAGACAA